AUGGGAACGGGCCUAGAAGACAGGCCCGACAAUGCUGCUGCCAAGUUUCCCAAACCUACCGGGGGAGUUGCCAAGCCUGCAGGCUUGGGUUUUGCAGCAGAGGCUUGGGAGGGCCCGGGAGGGGAAGUGGGAGGGGAAAACGUUGGAGACGAUAUGGGGAGUGAGGAGGGAGAGGAAGGAGACGCUGAGCCGUUGGAUUGGGUGUCACUGCCUGUGGACCGUUCAUUGGGCCUGUUCUCGUCCUUUGGCACGUUCUCAUCCUUUGGCACGUGCAGAGCAGCCAGCCCCGCUAUAAUGCUCACCACUAACCCGUAUGGUGGAUUUUGGACGCCCUCCACUGCUGUAGAGGGCCUUCGCUUUGCCAAUGACACGAACAGGCUCUGGGCCUCACCCAACCCGACCUCUGGCUACAUUAGGUCCGGUGCACAACUCGCCAACUUCUAUGCCCUCUGGGACCUAGACGGGUCUUUGCUUGGAAAUACCACCACCACCACUACCAGCACCACCGCCGCCACUGCUACUAGACCCGCUUCAACUACCACCGGUUUCGGCUUUGCAAUAGCCCCAUUCGACCCCAUACUCCCACCUCUCUCCCUCCGCUCCUCCCCUUCCUUCGCCUGCUCUUACCAACCCUCCUGGUCCGCCCAUACCUGCACCGGACCUGCCGCCUGCUUCCGAUCCUUCGCUCUCUUCUACAACGAAUCAGUCACUAAGGAUCAGACAGCAGGUCUAGGAAAGGACAAGAAUCGCCGCCCGUACAGCUACGUUACUUUCACGCGGUUACAGGAUAACGCCUCGUUCGUCUCAGUGGGAUCGGAUAACGAUUACGAUGACGAUUUCCCCAAGCGACCAGUCAGCAUGGGCGCCGAGGCGAGCAAGGCGAGUCCCAAGUCGAUGCAGCGGACGCAUAUGAUGGUGGAAGAGAACCGCGUCAUGCUCUUCAGUAAAUCCUUCGACCCCUCGUCCAUGAAGGUCAAGAGCGUGCUGCACGGACUCGGCGUGCGACCUAGUGUUUGCGAGCUCGAUAAAGAGUAUGAUGGCGAGGAACUGGAGGACGCUGUAGCGAGUAUGAUUGGUUCGCAUACGAUACCCGCCUUGUUCGUCAAUGGACGUUUCGUUGGCGGUAUGGAUGACGUGAUCAGCAUGAACUACAACAGGGAUCUAAUCCCCAUCCUUCAAGAAGCAGGCGCACUCGCAUACUGA